UGCUUGUCCCGACUGGCCACAAUUCCUUUUGGUGCCUUCAGUAAGCUUUUCCAAUCGUAACCCGAACACGGAUCGGGCGGCGAAGGUCCUCAGAGUCCCUGUUGUCACACUAUCGCCCUGACAACACACUGCGCACCGCACACUGCCGGCUCGGCGCGGAGAAACGUUUGCCCCGGUAUCUGUUUAUAUUUCGCCUUCACCUCGCACCUUACUUCUCUGCUCCACCACCAUACUCUCGCACUCGCAUUCUACUUCUUUACUCUACUAUCACACACUCUCUCUCUCGCAGACAACAUGAGCGUGCCGUGCGAACACCCAUGGACAGCCAGCCAGUUCGGCAACGAUGCCAUUUUCACAAUAGAGGUAGGGGAGGGAAGUGAGUGGAAGGAAUUCUGGGCCCACGUGAACCUGAUGGCGCAUUGCUCAGGAUGGUUUCGUGAGGAACUCGCGCGUGUGGCGGAGCAAAACGCGGAAGCGGAGGAAUCGAAGGCGCCGAUAAUCAAGCUCCCCGACCAAUGCCCCGACGUGUUCGAAGUGUUCAGAGACGUGUUGUAUUCCGGAAAGCUGCCCCUCCCCGAGACACGUCGCUAUCCCCUCGGCUUCGUCUGCAAGCUCUACAACUUCGGCAAGGACUUCGACAUCAUGAUGCUACGCAAUACCGCUGUCGACGCGCUCUUUGAACGCUUUGCCGACGACAUGCCGGACCUGGAAUACAACAAUAUCCGCUACGUCUGGAACAACACCAACAAACACUCCGCUAUGAGUGAGAUGGCCGUCGAUGUCGCUCUUAAUAUAGGCGAUAGUAAAGCGCUCCUUAGGGACUAUGAGAGCUCUUUCAGCAAAGCGUUUCUCCGGACUCUCCUUUACACCGCUUCCGAUUUCGGGGUUGUGCCGUUCGAGCACCGCGAGGAUCGCGUGGACUGGAUCGAACGCCUUCGCGGCCAGGUGUGCAAACGCUAUCACGACCAUGAGGGGGAUGAGUCACGUCGGGCAGAUGAGGAGGCGGAUGAGGACAUGGAGGUUGAUGACGGCCAUGAAGAAGGCAUCGGAGGUGUGGGAUGGGAGAUGGAACUGUCGUUCCGGUGAAAAAUAAGCGCGGAGAUCUUCAGUGGGCCAUGGGCCUGUGAAUUGAGGAAGGGGUGGGACGACGACGUGCUUCAGGAAGAGUAAUACAUAAUUGG